AUGAAGAUUCGCUCCUCUCGCAUCUCGACCUCGAUAGCCAAGGCGAUAUGUCGUCGUCACGGCACAACAAAGUCAAGCAUCAUCCGCGUCAUCCUCUCCUUUUUCCGCCUCUUCAAGCUUCUCCUCUCACGGGUCAGACCUGUUGAUUUUCUCGCGCUGCGGAAGGAGGUUUGGAAGCUUGAUGAGGAUGAGUAUACUGCUUCGUUCCAGGAGCAGCAGGAUGAGCCAAGGACGCAAAGGAAGAAGGGAAAGGAUCCCCCUGCGCAGCUUGUGCCCAUCGGCGAUCUUGGAUACAGUGGUUCGACUUUCUUCACGACGCCUAAUGGCAAGUAUCUCGUCAAGUCGCUUCCUCGGCGUUUCGAACAUGCCUUUUUCGCGAGGGAGUUGCUAGAUCCUUAUAUCGGACACAUGAAGCACCAACCUCACAGUCUGCUCGUCCGGAUAACAGACCUUGUACAUGCACCUCAUGCCUCUUUAGGCGGCAUGCUGGGUGUUGCGCCCACACACCACAUCGUCAUGGAGAACCUGCUCUUCGGAAGACCGCAGGACCAAGAGGGCGACGGCUGGGAGACGUACGACCUCAAGCCAAACGACUACUUCUUCCCGGAGCGUGAUAUCGCCGACGGAGCCUUGGUUCCUGACAGUGUCAUUGAGCGUCUCGUCGACGAAUUCCCAGGAAAAGUACGCGUCACCCACGAAGCCAAGGAAGAACUCAUCUCCCUCCUCUUCGCCGACUCCGCCCUCCUCGCAUCCCACAACGCUGUCGACUACUCCCUCUUCCUAGUACGCUACCCCUGCGGAAGCAAUGUUCCAACCGUAUCCUCCGAUGCAGGAGCCUGGCGAAAGGGCGUAAACGACGUCGAGGGCAAAUGGACGUAUCGAUGCGUAGUACUCGACUUUUUCUGGGCAAAGCAUACUCUGCACGCGAGGACGCUGACAAAGGUGGUAAAGAUGUUCAAUAAGGUGGCUCACAAGGGGCCUAUGAGCAUAACAGCGGAUCCGGCGGAGUAUAGGGAGAGGUUCAUGAAGAUGGUGGACGAGAUGGUUGUCGUGGAGUGA